CUGUCAAAAGUUCAAUCCUAAUAUUUUAGUUUCUAGGUUAUGUUUGGAUAAGAUUUUAACAUAUUUACGUAAAAUUUCACAUUCAACCGUGUAAAUAUAAGAACGUGUAGUGAGCGACUAGAGAUUUAGGAACAUACUUUUGUUAUCAAUGUCAUUAUAGUUAAUAAUGAUGUAUGCAAUCAUGAUCUAUUUUGAGAUUAAAAUAUUUCAAAUGGAUUGCGGCCAAAGGUUAGAUUGUGAAUGAUUUUGGUAUGAGUUAAUAGUCUAUUUGGCUUAGGGCGACCCUCCCCCGAGUGUUGUGUUUGAUAUGGAUGAGUUAAAGAAUAGAGCUGGCGAAAAAUUGGGAGCAUUGCAUGAUGCUGCACUAUCAGCCGCAAACAAUAGCAAAAAUAAAUUGGAUACGGUUGUCCAACAAACAGCUGAGGCACUAGCUAAGAUCCGCGAAAUAAUCCAAGACAUAUGGCAGAACGAGCUCGUACUAGAGGGGCGCGAGCGUGCGGUGGCCUGGGGGCGGGAGGCCGCCAAGCGGAUACGGGAGGGCGCUCCGCCCCUGUCCCCUGUGGUGUUGUACCACGAGCUAGUUACGCUGUUUAAGGAUAGAGUAUGGCGCCGCAGUAUAUUCAUAUUCGCGUGCGGGGCCGUACUAGGCGGCAGCGCGGGUAUCGUGGUAGGGCUCCGCGCUGCGAACAGGGGCCCUGCGGGGCCCCACGCGAGGGCCCUGCAGACGCAGCCAGACCAGAGCGUUAUACUUGUUGAGGAUGCUGUUUCGCAUGGUGCAGGUCCAGGCGAAGUGUUAGUGCGUGUGCAAGCGUUCAGUGUGUGUUCCGCGGAUCGUGGCGUGUUACGGGGAAGAGCGUCCGCUUUGAGAUCGUUGGUAACAAGGUCGCAUGUUACCGUGGGGAGGGGGUUCGCUGGUGUAGUACUAGACGUGGGUCACGGGGUGACUCAGUUCGAGAUGGGGGAUGAAGUGUGGGGCUGCCUCAGUGAGUGGAGUGGGGGGGCGGCCACAGAACUGCUGGCUGUUAGGAGCACACGUAUAAGCAAGCGUCCCCGUACGCUCGGCGCAGAUUCUGCCGCGUCUCUACCAUGGGGAGGAUCUCUAGCGCUCUACGCGUUGGAUAGAAUCGGAUAUUCGCCUGACACUUGUAAGGGGAAACGGGUGCUGGUAGCAGGCGCGGCCAGCAGUGAGGGCUGCGCCCUUGUGCAGCUGCUCAGUGUGUGGGGCGCGAGACCUACUGCUGCAGCACCACGUCAUACAAGGGAUACGCUGAGGAAUCUGGGGGCCUCCGAGUUCAUAGAGCUGGAAGGCAGUAACGAGCACGUGGCUGCUUCGUGGCUCGUGGUGGAGCAGCACGUGGGCCGCUCGGGGCCCUGGGACGCGGCGCUCGCCUGCCCCGGGGCCCCGCCCGAGAGGCCCCCGCAUUAUACGCUGCUCAAAGCCACCGCCCCCCGCAGUGCAGUGGUGGAGCUUCGCCCCCGGGCUCUCAUCACGGACCGACUGAUCACACCGCUAUGGAUCAUGUAUUCAGCUACCGUUUAUACUUUCAAUGUUUUGCGGUGGAUAACAGGCAGCGGCUGGCAUUGGGACUGGCUUGAAGACGAUCACCAAAUGUCGAACGGUUUGGACACAUUGAGACAUUUGGUGGAGGGCGGGCAACUGGCGCCAGUACUGGAUAAAGUAUACUUCCCUCAAGAUUUCGAAGCUGCGCUAGCGCACGCGUGCAGCGACGAGGCCGUAGGAACGACUGUUAUACGGUUCCCAUAGUUGCUAAUAUCAAUAGUUCCUCCUAUUGUCCUAAUUGGCAAGUAUUCGGAUGAUAACGCACGGAUUUUUAUCCGAUACAAUGUGUAGAAUUGUUUUUAUGUGUAAGUAUAUGUGUUUGGAUUUUGUAGUAAAGAAAACUUUUGUAAUUUAAUAAAAAGGUAUGAAUGUUGUUUAAAGGCGAAGCUCUGUUGAAUCUAACUUGUUUCUAUAAAAUGUUUAGAAUCAACUUGAUGCUGAAGAUUGUAUUGUAUGUUUAUCUAUUUUCCAUUAAUUUAUAAUGCUUAAAAACUGCAAUGCAGAGCUGAAUAUUUGUACGUA